AUGUCGGCCGGCGAGAUGCGGAAGACGGCGUGCGUCACCGGAGGGAGCGGCUACAUAGCUUCAGCGCUCGUCAAGACGCUGCUGGAGAAGGGGUACGCCGUCAAGACGACGGUCAGAGACCCCGAGGACACGGAGAAGAAUUCCCACCUCAAGGACUUGCAAGCACUUGGCCCCUUGGAGAUCAUCCGUGCCCGGCUGGAUGAAGAAGGCAGCUUCGACGACGCAGUUUCCGGCUGCGACUACGCCUUCCUAGUCGCUGCGCCCAUGGACUUCGGGUCAGCAGACCCUGAGAGGGAUAUGAUCGACGCAGCCGUGCAAGGAACACUCAACGUGAUGAGGUCGUGCGUGAGAGCCGGAACGGUGAAGCGGGUGAUCCUGACGUCGUCGGAUUCUGCGGUCUCCAUGAGGCCGCUGCCGGACGAUGUUCAUGUGCUCGACGAGGGCUCCUGGUCCGACGUCGAGUACCUCAGGGCCAACAAACCAGAAACAUGGGCGUACGCAGUGUCGAAGGUGCUUGCUGAGAAGGCGGCGACCAAAUUCGCGGAGGAGAACGGCAUCGGCCUUGUCACCAUGUUGCCGGUGUUCAUCUUGGGCGCGGCGCCGGUCUCCAAACCCACAUCAAGCGUCCCUGUCACCCUCUCCCUGUUGACCGGCGACGAGGCACAGAUGGAUAUCAUGAUAGGCAUGCAGUCGACCACGGACUGCGUGCCCAUAAGCCACAUCGACGACCUCUGUCAUGCCGAGGUGUUCAUCGCCGAGAAUGAGUCCUCCUCGGGAAGAUACCUGUGCUGCAGUCACAACACCACCGUGUUGCAACUCGCUCGUCUCAUGGCGGAGAAGUACCCACAAUACAAUAUGAAACCUGAACGAUUUGAUGGGUCCCCAGAGAAGCCGAGAGUGUGUGUGUCGUCUGAGAAGCUCAUCGGGGAAGGGUUUGUGUUCAAGUACGAUGAUCUAGGUGAGAUCCUUGAUGACCUUGUCGAGUACGGCAGAACCACCGGGAUUCUGCCCUAUUGA